UUUCGCAGUUAUGAGUACUAGGCUUUAUGCUGCUUUUAUUAAAUAUGUCGUCAAUGGACCACUCUUUAGGUUUGUUUGUUUGUGUUGGUUCGGAGCAGCACUUUCUGCUUAGGGGCGUUCGUUUGUGUUAUGACAAUGAACUGACUAACGUUAUUAUGGUUAUAAUCUGCCAUAAUCUGAAAUAUUACAGCUCAGUUCAAGUUAUUGCGACACGAACAAACUUCCAAGCCAGAAAUAGAAAAAAUUGCACUAGUUCCGCACUAGAUCUAUCAAUCGGAAACGCCAUUAGAUUCAUAAGCAGAAUGGCGCGUUCCUACUCAUGUCCGUAGGACAGCGCUUUUAUUUACCUGCUCUAAGAAAGGUUGAAAUCAUCUUUUCUACAUUUGAAAUCGACGAAAAAAUUAACUCACAACCGCAGCCUGAAUCGCAAGCAAUCCAUCGAGGUAUGCGGGUGACGUCACUCGCAGACCAGCUAGCGACUCGUGUACCCGAACGCAUCGGGAGUGUUUACUGCACUUGCCACUUGGAUGGAGUGUAUAGAACAGUCAUCCCGAGCAGUCCAGAACCCACCUAAACUACUAUUUUUUGAUUACAGAGUACGCUUUCCAAAGCCGCUUUCCAGCUGUGUGCUUCAAGCACGGUGCAGCACAGUGUUCUAUGUUUGAAAUGUAAAAGUUAGCAGCUCUCGAAGCGCAGUACGGCUGGAACACGAACACGCGCUUGAAGCAUUUGCCCGCGCAAAAGCUCGAUUACUUGCUCAAAAGCGUCAGCUGGAAAGCGGCUCUAGAUAAUUAAAUUGUGACUAGAUGUCAGCACUAACUUACCAUGUGCUUAAUGUCAUAUGUCAAGCUCACAAACUCAAAUUCGAAUGUCUGUCAAACAAAACAAUAACAAUAUUCAUUUUCAAUUUUAAUUUUAACGGAUUUUUUAUUGUUUGUGAGCAAAAGAAAACUGAAAAUUUGUUAUACCUAUUCAUUGAUAAUUUUUACAAUAAUCGAAGAAACAUGACUACCGCCGCAGUCAAAAGUAAAUCGGCAAUAACCGUUAAAGGCUCAGCAGAAAUUGUAUGCGAAUAUUUAAAUUUUGGAAUAAAUUCUAUCCUAUUUCAACGAGGAAUUUACCCUCCAGAGAAUUUCCAAAAUGCAGAAAAUUACGGAUUGAAUAUUCUGAUGUCGACUGAUAAUAAGAUCAAAGAGUUUUUGGCAACAACUCUGGAACAAUUAAAAGAAUGGCUGCUAAAGCGAACAGUUCACAAAGUGGCCCUAGUAAUAACCAAUGUCAAAUCCAUGGAAGUAAUGGAAAGGUGGGACUUCAAAAUCGAAUAUGAAGGAGAUCCUUCUGAAGGUGACGCUCAAACGUCCGAAAAACCACUAAAGCAAAUAAAAAACGAAAUCCGAGACGUCCUAAAGCAAAUCGCUUCUUCUGUUGCCUAUUUACCGCUUUUGGAUUGCCUGUGCAGCUUUGAUUUGCAAAUUUACACUAAAAACGGUGUGGAUUUGCCUAAUGAAUGGAGCGAAGCUGAACCUGCCAAUAUUAAAAAUGCUCAGAGUGUCAAAAUGAGAUCUUUUUCAACAAAUAUUCAUAAAAUGGAGACGGCUGUUACUUAUCGAAAUGAUGACUGAAUAUGUCUAGGUGAAAUUUUACUUUAAUUUAAGAUUAAUUUUUUCUAUUUUUCUACCCUUGUCAUAAAUAUUUGUACCUACUAAAAUCUAGUUUAAUAGCUGAUUGUUCUAUUUCUGUUCAUAACAUUUAUAUAUAAAAAAAUAAAGACAAGAAAAAAAAUUCCUAGAGAUUUAUUGGAGCAAUGAAUAGGUAGUUUUAGCUUCAGAUCAGAUAUGAAAAUUUCUGUUUC